CGAACUCCUUGACAAUAUGGAGAAAUUUUUGAACAUAAUGAUUGAGAAAAUAUUACCUGAUCAGUCGGAAAAAUUUUUCUCCGCCGAAGAUUCCGAAAUGUGGAAACAAUUGGUGGAUAAAAAUAACAAUCUCACAAGAAGUGCAACAUGCUUGCUGGUGUUUAGACUGAUUCAGUCUUUGUUAUCUCCAUGCAGAAUUUCCUCAAAAAUUCUCCAAGAUGUGGAAAAUACUAAAAACGUUUCAAAAAAAUUUUAUAGUCUACGGGAGUCAAGGGAUGCCUUUUUAAUAAAGUGCACCAAUGAAACUGACUUGAAUGAGAAAGUCUCCAUUAAAUUAGCUAAAGAAUCGUCAGUAUCUCCUUAUAUCUUCAUUGUUGGAUCUUUGAACCAAGCACAAGCGUUCAUAGUAAACUUUGAGAACAUUACCUACAAAUUUCACAGUCUGACGAAAGCUAUAGAUAUUUGCUUCAAGGCAUACACGUUGUUCAACAUAGCAUAUCCAGAAGCAUGUUCAUCUGUUUGGGAUAUAAUUAAUCGUGUGUUUUAUAAGUUGCCGGACGACAACACGAACACGAAGCCGUCAACGUAUUUGUUGAUAAACGAAAUAAGAACUGCUAUGGAGCAAUAAAUACCAGGAAGGGAUACUUCGAUGCAGCUAUUUUAAUGAAUUUUCGAUAUUAAUGAAAAUGUAAAAUGAAAUUGGACUAGAUAAAAGUAUAGAAACAUCAUUUAAUUGUCAUGUACAUAAAAUGUUUAGAGAAAAGAAUUCAACUUGAAAUAAAUUCAAUGGAGAAAUUAUUGAAAAAAAUAAAUGGGGAUUUGGUUUAGACAAAAACGAAACGAUUCUCUACAUUGAAACAGCAUAGUAAACACCAUUAAGAUAUAUCACAUAUUGGACUUGAAAUUUGCAAUACUUAACCUAUCCUAGAAAAUUUCAGGUAAAUACACAUAUUUUAUAAUGAAAACAUUCGUCGCUUAGAAUUAACAUAUUUGUAUUUCUCUUUUUCAGAUGAGAACGAAAAAAGGAUAACCGAGCUAGUGGAUUGAAACCGCCCAGAAAAUUAUUGCAAUAUUGGACAUUUGUGAUUUAUAUUAAAAUUUGAUAUAUUUAAAUAUUUGUCACUGAUCAUUAACAAUUUUGUAUUUUUCUUUUCCAACUUCAGACUAAAUGUAUGGAGCACUUUGCCAUGUUUCCUGUAGAAGCAAAGCGAUUCGGAGGUAAACAUUUCGUAUUUUCGUGAUUCGUCGUAUAUAAAUAUCUUGUUUUCAGCUUUCAACCGUGGAAAAUUACUCAGAGCAUUAUUAUUUUAUAGAAGCAUUUUGCACUUUUUGUACUUUGUGUUUAUUGGAUUUAAAUGUGUUCGUUUGCUCGGUAGAGUAACUUUCCAUACUUCCGCCAGAGAGAACAAUAAGUUUGAUUUGAUAAGAAUCAAAAUAAUUCACCACUUUUUUCUCUUCUUUUGUAGCUGGCCUUGAAAAUACCGUGUCAUUCCGAAGGCUCAGAAUACAUAUUCAUAUAAUUAAUCUAUUAUAAAUACAUAUAUAUCGUGUAUCAUUACAAUAUUUAUGUUUCUCUUAUUUUGUACAGGUAAAUAUUAAGAAAUGGAUGAAUCAGGCGACUGGAUUAAAAGACAGUACAAUUUUGGAAUACUGGGCUAAACAUUUGUCACACUUAUGCUAUCCAGAAAAAAUCUCGGGUAACGGGAGGACACAAAAUAAGACACAAAGUGCUGUUUUCUGAUGCCUUCGAUUGCCGACCAAUCAGUAAGGAAAAGCAUUGUGGUCUAGCAGGAAAAAGAAUAUGAAUUGAAUUAUAAUGAAUCUGUUAUUAGUAAUUAGUUAUUAGAAAAUUAUUAUUAGUAAUGUAUAA